AUGCACAUUUUUGCAGCUGACACUGGACAAUCUGAAAUUCGAAUACUUUCCAUUCAGAUCCAAUCCAUUAAUAUUAUGAAAACUAUGGAACCUUCGAAGAUUGAUGAAGAUGCGUGGGCUGAUGUCAUCGACUUUAUCAAAAGAGAUUCUAGCAGUCAAACUCCACCAAUUGAAGGUGAGCAUUCAGAGAGAAGAGCCAUUGUAUCGAACUUUGAAAUUCCAGUUCAUGAAACUCGUCGAUAUGCGUUCUCUCCACUUGUUACACCAAAUCUCAAUUCUGCCGGAACUAUCAAUCACCGUUUCGCACCGAUAAAUCUUCCAACUCGUGAGCCUCCAAGAAUGGAACUUCCACCAACUCCACACUUCCAAGCUCCAUUCUCUCCUCAACCAACUCCAGUUGAACAAGUUCCCAACUACAGUCCACCACAUCCACCACCAAGUUAUCAGUAUCAUGAUUAUUAUCCAAUGACUUCGUGCUAUGAUGUGGCAACCACUUCAUAUGGGAAUCCACCAUAUUACCCAUCAGAAGUGACCGCUCCUCCAACUACUACUGAAAUCGUUUAUCAUCCACUGAGCCCUCCAACUCGUAAGAGUGUAACGCCUCCAUCGAGUCCAGAAACGGCAACUCUCGGUCCGAUUGCUUCACAAUUGCCUGUCAUCAGAACAGAUAUUCCUCUUCAUCGACUACCGCACGACGAACUCGAUUCAACUCGAUCAUCGCCGUCUUCCUAUUCCACUUCAUCGGGCGAUCGAUCUCCACCACGUAGUAAUCGGCGUAUCAAGAAUCCCCAAAGCAAACAGUCGGUUGUGCACGCAUGCACGUAUCCCGGAUGUUUAAAAAAAUACUCAAAGUCUUCUCAUCUGAAAGCUCACGAGAGAACUCAUUCCGGUGAGAAACCAUUCGUUUGCAAAUGGCAGAACUGCUCAUGGAAGUUUGCGAGAAGUGAUGAGCUCACAAGACAUAUGAGAAAACACACUGGAGACAAACCAUUCCGUUGCAGUAUCUGUGAUCGUACAUUCGCUCGUUCUGAUCAUUUGAGCCUUCACAUGAAACGUCAUAGUCCUCCACACACGUUGCAUCAACAUAAAAUUGAACAGUGUUAA